UUGUGCAAACUGACGUCACGUGGAAGGAAGAGUUUGAAUUCCCGAUUUUAAAUCCUGUAGCUUAUUUCACUCUUAAAUCUUGUAACGUGAUUUUUAAGAAGGACACGGGCGUUGGCCUCAAAGUCCACAGAUGACGAUGACUCGGGAGGGGAACCAGUUCUUCCUCCACUUCCUCCUCUUCGUCGUGCUGUCCUCUCUGUGUGACUGUCACCCUCACUUUGCUCUGCACAACGCUUCAAGAGCUGCAUCCAAUCAUACUGCAAGAAACGCUUCACGUGUAGCAGCGGAGGUAGCAGGUUAUGGUGAUGUGGCAAAACAGAUCAUUGACCUGGCUGUGUACGGUGCUGCCCGGAACCGCUCUUACAGACGCCUGGCCGACUUCACUGACACUAUAGGGAACCGUGUCAGCGGCUCACACAAUCUAGAGAUGGCUAUCAAAUACAUGUACAAUGCUAUGACGCAGGACGGGUUGGACGUCCACCUGGAGCCUGUUAAAAUCCCACACUGGGUGAGAGGGGAGGAGAGUGCAGAGAUGACCUUGCCAAGGGCCAAGAGUCUGGCUAUACUGGGCCUGGGCAGCAGUGUUGGGACACCACCUGAAGGUAUCGAGGCAGAGGUGUUAGUGGUUGAGUGUUUCGAGGAGUUGAAGCGUAGAGCCAGUGAGGCUGUCGGAAAGAUCGUGGUCUUCAACCAGCCGUUCGUCAGCUAUGGGGUGACGGUGGCGUACCGAGCUUUCGGUGCCUCGGAGGCAGCUAAAGUGGGAGCUGUGGCCUGUCUAAUUCGAUCGAUCACCCCAUUCUCUAUUAACAGUCCUCACACCGGCUGGCAGGACUACCAGGAUGGAGUGAAGCAAAUCCCUGCAGCUUGUAUCACUGUGGAAGAUGCUGAGCUCAUGUGGCGUUUCGCGCAGAGGGGGCAGAAGACCGUGGUCAGACUCAAGAUGGGAGCCAAGACUCUGCCGGAUGCCGACUCCUUCAAUACUGUGGCUGAAAUUAAAGGCUGGGAGCACCCUGAGCAGGUUGUUUUACUGAGCGGUCACUUGGACAGUUGGGACGUGGGCCAGGGUGCUAUGGAUGACGGAGGUGGAGCCAUGAUUUCCUGGGAGGCCUUGUCACUCAUCAAGGACUUAGGUCUGCGUCCGAGGAGAACUCUGCGAACGGUGCUGUGGACGGGUGAAGAGCAGGGAGGAGUUGGAGCUCGGCAGUACUUUGAUCUACACAAGGUCAACCUGUCCAACUUUGACCUCGUCAUGGAGUCCGACUUGGGGACAUUCACACCGCUGGCUCUGCAGUUUACUGGGAGUGACGCAGCACGAAAGGUGAUGGAAGAAGUGGUCAAACUGUUGGCUCCCAUUAAUACGACCAAACUGGAGACAGGCGGAGAAGGGACAGACAUUUCCCCAUGGAUAGAGGCUGGAGUACCAGGUGCUAGCCUCCAUGUGGAGGACAGCCGGUACUUCUGGUUCCACCACAGCGAGGGGGAUACCAUGACCGUCCAGGACCCUAAAGACAUGAGCCUCUGCUCUGCAUUGUGGGCCACUGUUGCCUUUGUAGUGGCAGACCUGCAGGAUAUGCUGCAGAAGUAGCCAGUUAGCACAAAGGGCUCGAAGCCUGCAGUGGACAGGCUGAUCACUCUGAUGGCAAACCACAUUGAGAGUGAAGCUGCUGGGGUGUUGUGAAUGUGACACAGCUGAUCCACUUUGAAGUGCAGGCAUAUUUUACUACAAAAUGAAAAUUCAUACAUUCGAAAUGACCCCCCAAAAAAAUGUAAUGUGUUUUUGCAGCUCAGCGGGGGAAUCAUGGAUCUGAGUUGAAAACAAGAUACAAGAAAGAGCAUCGGGAAGUUUUAAUUAUUAAAGAAAAAUGAAGAAUAUCAAUUAGAUCAUGCUAAUAAAUAAUUUUAGUGAUUCUCUGCAAAACAUGUGGUGAGAAUAAGUGGAAAUAAAGUAAAUCUGCGUUUUUAAAGUUUAGAAAUCAGAACUGUGAAACUUUAUCCUUAGAAAAUGGGUAAGGUAAAUGCUGACGUCUUACACUUCCUGCGUCUGUCGGGCUUAAUUGAGUCUUGGCACAUUUUAUUUUCACCUCAUGUCAAUUUUUACGUCAUAUUCUGUGAAAUCUUAUACCAAUAAAUCAUUGCAGUCUUUGGG